AUGCCAGAUACUAGAUCCCAGACUGGUGCUACGUGUAAUACGACAGGCAAGAUGGACACGCCCAAAGCUACACUAAAAAAGUUAGAUAAAGUUGUUUUCAGCAUUUCUGAUAUCAGAGAAGAGAUUAAAGACAUGAAAUCUACGAUAUCUAUGUUACAAGGAGCGGCAACUGAUUCUGCGUCCCGUGUGGAAACCAUCGAAAACAAAGUUAUUCCUGAAUUAAUAAGAAAACAAAAAGAAUGUGAACAAAACCUGCACGACGCCAUCAUCGCACAGGAAAUUCACGAGAGGAAAAGAAAUUUGCUCUUCUAUGGUAUCGAGAGAAAAACAGAUGAAAACGUCGAAGAGGUUGUCCGGAACGUCAUCGGAUCUCUCGGUCUCCCAGCAUCUAAGACGAGCAGGAUGAUGUUUAAUAAUGUCCAUCGACUGCCUAGAAAGCCGAACGACGACAUCAAAACGCCCGACCCCAUUAUCGCUCGAUUUGUUUCGAUGUCUGAUCGCGAUGAAGUAUUCAACGCUUUCGAUCGGUUACAGCGACGACCAAACGACGACGUAAUGCUGGCUGUAGCAAGUAUCUUAGCCACAUCUACAGCUAAGGCCUCUGGAUCAACGAAGUCCUCAACCAGGACUCUGGCUGCUCACACAACUAAGGCCUCAACCACAAUCAAAGCCUCAACAACAACCGCUGCUCAUACAACAACCCAAGCUCUAACUACGGGCAACACAACAACCACUGCUCCUACAACAACCAGUGCUACAACAACUGCAGCUCCUACAACUACAUCUAGUAUGACUACAACCAGCAACAUGACAACUAUGAACAUGACGACAUCUCCCAGCAACAUGACAACUAUGAACAUGACGACAUCUUCCAGCAACAUGACAACUAUGAACACGACGACAACUCCCAGCAACAUGACGACCAUCAACAUGACUACCACUCCUAGCAACAUGUCCACCACAGCUACCACUACAGAACAACCACUGACAACGUCUACACCUGAAUCUCGAUGGAAAGUAACAGAUAAAAACGGUAAACUAUGUAUGCUGAUGGACUUUGAUGGAACAAUUAUUUAUGAAAAAGACAUAAAAUAUGUGAUACCUUCCACUGCUUCCAUCGCCAAGUCUUCAUGCCUGUCACCUGGGUAUUCCAGGUUUGUCCUUGAGUUUUCGUCAGACGACACUUUCUUUUGGCAGUUGAUCUUGAACUUCACGACAUCCAAGGACUCCUACCAGCUGAAUAAGAUAACAGUCAAUUUGUAUGUGUCUUCAUUAAUUGUAGCCUAUGGUUCUGAUCAGGAGGAGUUUCUCUCUGUUCCUUUUGGUGACUACUACAAGUGCAAGUACCUGAAUGCCUCCUUCUACCCAUUCGCUGUGAAUCUGACCAAUCCUUCGUUCCAGCCGUUUGUCCAAAAGACCAAGUCAGGAGACAACUUAGGCAAAGAAUACCUAUGUAAGAGUCCAUCCACAGGGGUCCGUACCAAUGUCAUCAUCGGAAUCGUCAUUGGAAUCAUCGUUCUUGCUGCUGCCAUCGCGGUGACGUAUUACGUGGUGAAACGCCGAGGAAAGCCUUCCGACCCUCCCUAUAGUAGGGUUCAGUGAGAGAUCAAACUUACCAAUAUUUUCAAUGCAUUACUAUCGACCUGCCUCAGAGAAAAAAUCACGUUGGGGUUGAAAUUAUUUUAGUGGCUAUUUGGAUAUUUAAUUUCAAAUCAAUUUAAGCCCACGAAAGCAAUCAAAAGUCUGGAUUUUUUUUUUUUUUGAGACCCUGUUCUCACUAUAUUUUCUAGAACUAGUUUUAAUACUGGUUCAGGAAACUAGUUUGGAAGAUCACUUUGGUAGCAUUCCCAUUUAAAUCUGAAAGCGGUUUUCAAAAGCACUUCAUGUGAAGGGGUUUUGCUGCUAUGGGAAUGCUCUCAGUGGGAUGACAUUUUUCAUGCGAAAUUUGCAACCAUGAUGUAGACAUUCUGUACACAGUGUGUAGAGUAUCGCGCUCAAAAUGUCCGAAGAUUGCUUCCUGAAGAGCGAUUGUGUCCUCACCUACGCUAAACACUAGUUUAACAAGGCAAAGUGAUCUUAAAAACUACAUUGGUAAGGAGGUUUUCGAACCGGUUUGGAAGAUCGCUACCAAGACCGCUUCAGCCCUUCUCUUUACACGUUAAACUUAUUUCCAGUAAACUAGUUUUAUAUGUAGGAUGGUAACAAGAACGGGGUCUAAUAUGCAUUUCUCAAAUAAACUCCUCAAAAAAAUUUCUGCAACUUGGGUUCGAGGGGUGGUAUCUUUUUUUUUUACUGAACUAUGAAAUAGGAAACCGGGAUCAGUAGAAACCCUCAUUGCUCCUAUUUAUGUUGAUGUGCCAUCUGCUGUGAUCAUAUAAUCAUGGAAUCUGCUGUUACCCUGGAUUUAAGGCAAAGUCAGAAGUGAAAUGUUACAAAAUGCAUUGUUAUCUAAGAAAACAUCUCCAUUCCUGUUGAAUAUGCAAUGUGUUUAGAAUUUAGCCCUUGUGAUCAAGUGUUACUUGAAGUGAAAACAACACGCAUCAUGAAUUGUAAAUGUUCAACAGGCAAUGAAACCAACCUCCCAAAAUUGUUUGAUAUCUUAAUCCUUUUAGAAAUGACGAGGUUGAUCAUUAUACCAAGUUUACUCAAUGUAUUGAAAUGAGAAUACACCAUAUGUGGUCUUUUACACAUCAGCAAAUCAACAUCAUUCAAAUUCCCUCCAUCCUAAAAACAACAAAUUUUGUGUCAUUUCAUUUUUAAAAUUGCUGCAUAAUAUGCAUCAACCAGGAUACUCCAUGAUCAUAUUUGCAUAACAAAUACUGCAUCGUUGUAAAGAGUGAUAAUCUGGUUCCAAAUGACACCACAUUCACGUACAUGUAUAUGAUAAUUGAGCAAUACAAACUUUAUUACCUUCAAAAUUGACUUGUAGUCAUGGUCGUAUGCAAAAUUUGAUACCAUUUUCCUCCAAUGAUUUACUACUAGUACGCAAUAAUAAAUGUUCAGAACAUUAAUUUUGAUUUAAAAAAUUCCAGCAAAAUAUACACUGUAAAAGUUGAAGCAUAUUGCUUUAUUCUCUUCCCGUUCAUUUUAUUCAAAAGUUUUUCAAAUGGAGAUAGACUCUGAUGAAAUUCAAAUGCCAAGUUUGAUUGUCAUGAAAUUGUACAUUGACUCUCGACAGCUUUAUGUAGGUUUUUUUUAAAGGAUAUCACAGAAUCUUCACCAUUUUUGUUGGUUUUAAUGUCUCUCCAUAUUACCUUCAUUUUGCUAUUCUAUAUCGGGUUUCUUGCUGAAUUUUUUUCUCUCUUCUCACGGCAACUUCCUUUUUCUCUUUAUUUCUUGUGGGUUAUAUUUUUUGUAAAUUUUUUUCCCUUGCCAUCUUGUUAUUUGUCUCAUAAUUGCUUCUUUAACAUGCUGCUACUUCUAUAUUUGUUUGAAUAUUUUCAUUCAUGCUUAUUAAAAAAAUAACUUGCAAUUUUGUUUGUUUUAGCUUAACGUCUUUCUAGACUUAAACUGAAAAAUUAUCAUGCUUAUUCUUGUACAUGUGUACAUGAAGCUAAAAAAAAUUUGUAACAGAAACUUUAUUAACAGAGUGUUUUAUUUUGCUCAUUCUUUAGUUUGUUGAUUCAUUACACAAUUCUCUUGCUUUUAUGGGCUUGUUUACGCAGUAAUGAGUUAUGAAUCAUUUAGAUAAAGAAAUAUAGAUUAUAUUGUAUAUGUUUUGCAUGUACAUUUGUGAUUCUGUACGAUCUGUUUGCCUUGAUGUGGGAAUAAUUACACUCGGUCUUUCUCAUCUCUUUAUUGUCUCGUGAUAUUUUUAGAAAAUGUAAGAAAAAGAUGUAAAUAUAAUUCUGUGCAUGGAUGCUAAUGUAAGCAUCAAAUACUUUCAUGCCUUACACCAUAUAGUGAUAUUAUCUUGCCUGGGAUUCAUAGGUGACUAUGUUAUGGUUCCAUUUACAAUAGGUACUGUAAUUUGUGUGAUUCAUAAUACUUGCGCAGCGUUGCACCCUUAUUGUGAUGUCACUCAUUUGCAUCAAUCCUGAAAGACUGGUCGGCCACAGCGCACUCAACACCAAUCACGGUGUUUCUUUUUCAAAGUGAUUACAAACCAUGUUUAAAUCACUACAAUUUUCUUUAGAUCUGCUAUAGUUCUACUGAUCAAUCCUUAUUCUUCCCUGGGGUGGGAUUCGUCAUGGAUUGAAAUAUUGUUUUCAUCUUUCAAUCAUCACUCAUAGCCCAUGCUAUCUUGUAUGUCUUACAAUAAAAAUGGUUGACCUGCAAGCAUCGUACGAUAAUGAAUGAACCUUGGUGGUGGUGCAUGUAUUAUUGAAUGCUUAAAUUCAGAGCCGUGUUUUUUGUAGAGUUAGGCCGAUGUAGGGUAGAUUUUUUUUAAUCUUACUUGCAAAGCAAGAUGGAAUUAGCCAUACUUUAAACUCAGUUUAAAUGUGGUUCAUGCCCACAAAAUAAACUGCUAAAUAUUAAUAGGUUGUGCAUGUUCAGUUCAGUUCAUAUAUUUUUCAUUACAAAAUAUGGGCAAAACAAAUAAUACAAAUUUAUGGAUAAAAAUCUGAAGGACCUCAAAAAAACAUAUUUUGAAGGAUGGACCCUGGUUAAAAAUAAGCAAAAAAAUGAAGAUCAAUUUUAAAUAAUUGCUCAUAAGACUGGAGAUGAUGUUUGAGAAUACUUAUUUGGAGUCGAGCCAAUGUGAGUUAGAUUGAUUACUCUCUGGUCUUAGCCAUACUUUAUCAAGUCUUACUCUGGUUCUUGUUACAUAGAUCUAAUAAAAGCAUAAAUUUGGUGAACAUCUCUUCCAAAAUAAACCUCCAAAUUAUCGAACAUAUUUCAUAGGAUGUCCACGUUGUUCGUAAGAAUGGAGAUUAUAUCCGAGUAAAAUUACCUUGGUCAGCUGAACUUUUCUUAAGAACAUUUCUUUCAAAUGGAUACUGUGCUUGACUUAAGAUCAUAUUUAAAAUAUUUUUAAAUUUCAUUUUAUAUUGAUUGAAUUUACAAUAUCAGUAUUUUCUUCUGAUAUUUCAUGUUUUUGAAUGCCAGUAUGAUGCCAAUGUGUGUAGUUUUAUCUUUAUCAGUAAAAUGGUAUUGGUCAAUGAGUUUGCAUGUUCAGAUGGAAUCAGCUUGUUUCAUUUGAAUAUAUUUUUCUUCACAUUUCUAUGUUAUGUUCCAUGUAAUUUUCAUGUAGGGCUAUAGUUAUCAUUAAAUUUAUAUUCUUAAAGUAACAGAAGAAAACUUACCAUUGUUUGUAACUUAGUCCUCUAUUUCAUCUAGGAAUUGGAAUGAAUGUACUUUUUGAACAAUGUUACCAUGGUAACUACAGAUUAUUAGUUGAAUAAAAGCAUGAUACACAGAGUUAUCUUUUUAAGUUUUAUCAGAUUUGUAUGUAUAUUUUUAUUUUUUAUUUUCUUGUUUUCAUCCAUUUUUGAAAAAUAAAAAUAGAUACAAAAGGAAUAGUUCAACAAUCAUGUUGAAUAGACAUUGUACUUUAGUAGUUGAUUUGUUUUUACUGCAAUGUAUAUGUAAUCAGACUGAAAUGUUUAAACAGGAGUACAUUGGAUUAUAAGCUGUGUAAUCAUAUUGUAUAUGUUUUGAAUAAAUCCUAGGAAAGUUUUUAAACAUUAA